UGAGGGGAGCCGGCCGGGGGCGGCCAUGAGCUCGGAGCAGCGGCGCGGCUGGGCCCGGGGCGGCGAUGGCGGCCCCGCCGCCUCCUCCUCCUCCUCCUGCUCCUCCUCCUCGGCCGGCGGGCACGGGGGGCGCGGCGGGGGCGGCGGGGGAGGCCGGGGGCGGCACCCCAGCCACCUGAAGGGCCGCGAGAUCGGGCUGUGGUACGCGCGGAAGCAGGGCCAGAGGAGCAAGGAGACGGACCGGCAGCAGCGGGCCGUGGUGCGGAUGGACGAGCGCCGCGAGGAGCAGAUCGCGCAGCUGCUGACGGCCGUGCAGAGCAGGAGCGAGAAGGAGCCCGACGCCAUGUCCUGGUGGUCCGGGGACGAGGACGGUAAUACUCCAGAACAGCCCGCAAAAGUGAAACCAGAGGUGGAAAAAGCUCCUAUCAAACAGAGACCAGUCUUGGAAAAAACAUUCCUUGAUCGGGAUGUGGAAUACCUAUUUGAAAAAAAUCAGCAGGAUACAGAUUUAGAUGAGCAACUUAAAGAAGACCUAAGAAAGAAGAAGUCUGAUCCUAGAUAUAUUGAAAUGCAGAGAUUCCGAGAGAAACUCCCUUCGUAUGGGAUGAGACAGGAACUUGUAAACCUUAUAAAUAAUAAUCGAGUAACUGUGAUAAGUGGUGAAACCGGCUGUGGAAAGACUACACAAGUCACGCAGUUCAUCUUGGAUGACUACAUAGAGCGAGGGAAGGGGUCUACCUGCAGGAUCGUUUGUACUCAGCCUAGGAGGAUCAGUGCCAUCUCAGUGGCUGAGAGAGUUGCUGCUGAAAGGGCAGAAGCAUGCGGUAAUGGCAAGAGUACAGGAUACCAGAUUCGUCUUCAGAGUCGGUUACCGAGGAAACAAGGCUCAAUUUUAUACUGUACCACAGGAAUUGUCCUACAGUGGCUUCAGUCAGAUAAGCAUUUGUCCAGUAUUAGUCAUGUAGUCCUUGAUGAAAUUCAUGAAAGAAAUCUUCAAUCAGAUGUUUUAAUGAGCAUUAUUAAAGAUCUUUUGAAUGUCCGUUUGGAUCUGAAAGUAAUACUGAUGAGUGCUACUUUAAAUGCAGAGAAGUUUUCUGAAUACUUUGAUAAUUGUCCAAUGAUUCACAUUCCUGGGUUCACUUUCCCAGUGGUGGAGUAUCUUCUUGAAGACGUAAUUGAGAAGUUGAGGUAUAUGCCAGAAAACACAGACCGUCGGCCGCGGUGGAAGAAAGGCUUCAUGCAAGGGCAUAUAAGCAGACCAGAAAAAGAAGAAAAAGAGGAAAUCUACAGGGAACGAUGGCCAGAAUACUUAAGGCAGCUGCGGGGCAGGUACUCAGCGAGUACUAUAGAUGCCUUGGAAAUGAUGGACGAUGACAAGGUUGACCUUGACCUUAUAGCAGCACUUAUCAGACACAUUGUUUUGGAAGAAGAGGAUGGUGCAAUUCUAGUGUUUCUUCCAGGAUGGGACAACAUUAGCACUUUGCAUGAUCUCUUGAUGUCACAAGUCAUGUUUAAGUCAGAUAGGUUUAUUAUCAUACCUUUACAUUCAUUGAUGCCUACUGUUAACCAGACUCAGGUGUUUAAGAAGACCCCGCCAGGAGUAAGGAAAAUCGUGAUUGCUACCAACAUUGCAGAGACUAGCAUUACAAUAGAUGACGUGGUAUUCGUUAUAGAUGGUGGAAAAAUAAAGGAAACUCACUUUGAUACCCAGAACAACAUUAGCACAAUGGCAGCUGAGUGGGUUAGUAAAGCUAAUGCCAAGCAAAGGAAAGGUCGAGCAGGAAGAGUUCAGCCAGGUCACUGCUACCAUCUAUACAAUGGACUCCGUGCUAGCCUUCUAGAUGAUUAUCAGCUACCUGAGAUCUUGAGGACUCCUUUGGAAGAACUUUGCUUGCAGAUCAAGAUUCUAAAGCUUGGAGGAAUUGCUUAUUUUCUGAGCAAACUAAUGGAUCCGCCAUCUCGUGAUGCUGUAAUGUUGGCCAUAAAUCAUCUGAUGGAGCUGAAUGCUUUGGACAGACAAGAAGAGCUGACUCCACUAGGUGUACAUUUAGCACGAUUACCAGUUGAACCACAUAUUGGAAAAAUGAUUCUCUUUGGAGCUUUAUUCUGUUGCUUGGAUCCAGUCCUUACAAUUGCAGCAAGCCUCAGCUUCAAAGACCCUUUUGUCAUUCCUUUGGGCAAAGAGAAAGUAGCAGAUGCAAGAAGAAAGGAACUGUCAAAGAAUACAAAAAGUGAUCAUCUGACAGUGGUGAAUGCUUUCACGGGCUGGGAAGAGACUCGGCGCCGUGGAUUCAGAACUGAGAAAGACUACUGCUGGGAAUAUUUCCUGUCUUCAAAUACACUCCAGAUGCUGCAUAACAUGAAAGGACAAUUUGCUGAGCAUCUCCUUGCAGCUGGAUUUGUGAAUAGCAGAGACCCCAAGGAUCCCAAAUCUAAUACCAACUCGGAUAAUGAGAAGUUGCUCAAAGCAGUCAUCUGUGCUGGUUUAUAUCCGAAAGUUGCAAAGAUUCGGCCAAGCUUUAGCAAAAAGAGAAAAAUGGUGAAAGUUUGCACUAAGACAGAUGGAACAGUUAAUAUUCAUCCUAAAUCUGUUAAUGUGGAAGAGACAGAGUUCCAUUACAACUGGCUUGUGUACCAUUUGAAGAUGAGAACUAGCAGUAUUUACUUAUAUGAUUGUACAGAAGUCUCUCCGUACUGCCUCUUGUUCUUUGGAGGGGAUAUAUCCAUUCAGAAGGAUAAAGAUCAGGAUACCAUUGCUGUGGAUGAAUGGAUUGUUUUCCAGUCUCCAGCUAGAAUAGCACAGUUAGUUAAGAAUUUAAGACAAGAGCUCGAUGAUCUACUACAGGAAAAAAUAGAAAACCCACACCCCGUGGACUGGAACGAUACUAAAUCCAGGGAUACAGCAGUACUGACCGCUAUUAUAGACUUAAUCACAACGCAGGAGAAUGAAAGUGCCAGAAACUAUGCUCCACGGUUUCAGAACGAGCGCUAUAGUUGACACACUUUCAUCUGUGUUGAAAUCAUCCCUGUGGCCUUUCUCGUCCACCUGAAUCAUGGGCUCAGGAGGAUUUAUUCACUUUAUUCGUGUUAUCCUGAAGAAAACAGAACUAAAACAGGGGCACAUCUUCCUGUCAGUUAAUCCAGCAUCAGCUGUAUUUAUCUCUGGUAUAUAAGGAACACCACCCCUCUGACCCAGCAUGGCUCUUUUUUUAUACAACAGUCAGUUUGUGACUGGGCUGUACUUUCUCUUGGAAUAAAAAGGAGCAGAGGAGGCCAAGUUUGUUUUUGGAGUACCUUCUUCCACCCUCUGAAAACCCAUGGUGGGAUUGCUGCUUGAACCCCAGGUGCUGGAGUGCUUGGGGUAGCAACCAGACCACAGCACACUGAGGUGGUUGUGGGUUGGUGUGGUCAGAUCCUUACUUACACAGUAACAUGAAAAAUCUGUAAAUAACGAUAUGAGUUGCACUUUCCAGCUCAACCUAAAGCUUGUAGUGUAAGCAGGUGGCCUUGGGCAGGAGGGAAGGGUCUGGGGGCUGCUCUGUGGCAGCUGUCCCACUGCAGCCCCAUGCCUUUCCCCAGUGCCUGCGUGUCCUUACCCUGCGGGUUCUUCCCUAACCCAGAGGCGAGGGGUCCUGGGCCUGUGCCUGGUCACUGCUCCAACCUCCUGUGUACAGGUAGGUCCAUGAGAGAUGAAGGAGGACACAGUAGCACUGUUUAUCUUUACAGAACAGCAAAAAAAAAACAAGCAAAGAUAAGUUACAGAACAAAUUUAACCUCUCUGAUAAGAAUGACAUUAAGGAACUAUCACCUUAACAAUCUGCAGUUCAAGAAAAAUUGAAGCUUUUUUUUUUUUAGUAAGGAUUUAAAAAGAUUUUAUUGAUUGUUGUCCUAUAAAAUCAUAACUGUCUUUAAUUCCUGAAGAACUGUGUCUGAGAGUAGGAAAAAUGGCUUUUAAAACAUUAUUUGGAAAGACAAGGUAUGAAAAAAUAUAUACAGUAUUAAAAAUCUGAAUAAAAUUAAUGCCUGGAUUUAUACAUUCAGUUUUGUUAAACAUCUGCCUGUGUACAAUAAACUCUUUGUUAA